GCUGCGGGCCGCGCCAUGGACGGGCUGCGCCUGCUGCUGCUGCUGCUCCUAGGGGUGUCCCUCGGAGGUGCCAAGGAGGCGUGUCCCUCGGGCCUGUACACCCACGGCGGGGAGUGCUGCAAGGCCUGCAACCUGGGUGAGGGUGUGGCCCAGCCCUGCGGAGCCAACCAGACUGUGUGUGAGCCCUGCCUGGACAGCGUGACGUUCUCCGACGUGGUGAGCGCCACCGAGCCGUGCAAGCCGUGCACCGAGUGCGUGGGCCUGCAGAGCAUGUCGGCGCCGUGCGUGGAGGCGGACGACGCCGUGUGCCGCUGCGCCUAUGGCUACUACCAAGACGAGGAGACCGGCCGCUGCGAGGCGUGCAGCGUGUGCGAGGCGGGCUCGGGCCUCGUGUACUCAUGCCAGGACAAGCAGAACACCGUGUGCGAGGAGUGUCCGGACGGCACCUACUCGGACGAGGCGAACCACGUGGACCCGUGCCUGCCCUGCACCGUGUGCGAGGACACGGAGCGCCAGCUGCGCGAGUGCACGCGCUGGGCGGACGCGGAGUGCGAGGAGAUCCCUGGCCGCUGGAUCACACGGUCCACACCCCCAGAGGGCACAGACAGUACGGCGCCCAGCACCCAGGAGCCUGAGGCGCCUCCUGAACAAGACCUCGUGGCCAGCACCGUGGCGGAUGUGGUGACCACUGUGAUGAGCAGCUCCCAGCCGGUAGUGACCCGAGGCACCGCCGACAACCUCAUCCCCAUCUACUGCUCCAUCCUGGCUGCCGUGGUUGUGGGCCUCGUGGCCUACAUUGUGUUCAAGAGGUGGAACAGCUGCAAGCAGAACAAGCAAGGAGCCAACAGCAGACCCGUGAACCAGACGCCCCCACCUGAGGGCGAAAAACUGCACAGCGACAGCGGGAUCUCUGUGGACAGCCAAAGCCUGCAUGACCAGCAGCCCCACACGCAGACGGCCUCGGGCCAGGCUCUCAAGGGUGACGGCGGCCUGUACAGCAGCUUGCCCCCAGCCAAGCGGGAGGAGGUGGAGAAGCUGCUGAACGGCUCAGCAGGGGACACCUGGCGGCACCUGGCAGGCGAGCUGGGCUACCAGCCCGAGCACAUAGACUCCUUCACCCACGAGGCCUGCCCCACCCGCGCCCUGCUCACCAGCUGGGCCGCCCAGGACAGUGCCACGCUCGACGCCCUCCUGGCCGCCCUGCGCCGCAUCCAGCGAGCCGACAUCGUGGAGAGCCUGUGCAGCGAGUCCACGGCCACGUCCCCCGUGUGAGCUGACCGGCCGGCAGCCCCCGCCCUGCCCCACAUUCUGACGACUGAAGCUCCAGCCAACCCCCAUGGAGCCCAUGUCCCCUGGGGUGGGCCAGCCCGGCAGAGCUGAGCUCCACCGGGCAGGACCGCCAAGCCCGGGCCCCACACGGCAGUCCUGUCACACCUCUGUGUGGCCCCUCGCUUCUGAUCACAAUCCCGCUCCAGUGAGAGAAGUGGCCCUCCCCGCCCCUGCCCCGCCCCUCGGUCACCUCCCGCCUUCUCCACCCACUGCUAGGAGGGCAGCCCUUCCCACCUCAGCUGGGGGGCGGCUGCCACCAGGGAUGGUGUGGGACAGUGCCGAGGCCCCAGAGACUCAUCAGGUCCUGAGGAACCAGAGCCAUGGACUCUACACUGUGAACUUGGGGGGCAAGGGGGCACUGUAGUAGCCUAAACCCUCCCUUGGCCCCUCACUCUUCCUACCGGCCUGAGAUAAAAAAUCGGAGGCCAGGCUGAGCUGUGAGUGGGUAUGGAACCCUGUCCCCCCUGCCUUUUACAUGUAGGACAGUGAGGCCCAGAGAGCGGCAGUGAUUCCCCGAAAGCCACCCAGCCAUGGGGCUGUGCCGUGCAGCCUGGCACCCUCCUCUCUGAAGGAGGGCCCCCAGGUCUCCGGAGCGCUGGGGGAGGAGUCCAGGUGGCCUUCAGGAAAUGUCUUGACGCCAAGUCCGCUCUUCCGCACCCAUCCGCCCCGAUGUAGCCCCUUUGGGGUGGGCUGCCUGCCCCAGGCCUGGCCCUCAGGCCUGCCUGCAGGGAGUCAAGUUCGGUGUUUGUGGGAAGGGAGGCGGCCAACCUCUGCCUGUCCCCCUUGGGCUCGUCCCCUGGUAUGUUGGUGUCCCUUGUCCUGGCACAGACCUGGAGCCAACACCAGCCCCUAGAAGCAGCCUUAGGGACCAGAGACCAAGGCCCCGCCCACACACACAGGGUGAGACUCGGGCUCUUUUCCCAGAGCCCCCUGUCUUGGGUUGAGGCCUGGUCCUUGCUGGGAGCUGAGCUUGGCUGGGCUGUUCCCUUCCCUCCGGCCUUGGCCGGCCAAGGACUGCUGAGCCUGGAGCUGGCGGCGUCCGUCUUCCAGGGGCCGCGUGGAGGAAUGCUCCCCGCCCCUUCCCACAGCCUGGCCUUGGCUGGGCCCAGAGGACGCGGCGAAGAAAAGCAGGCCAGUGGUGUGGGAACACAGCGAGUGGGAAGGAAGUUGGACUGGUCACCUCUAGGGGGUUUCUCCCAAGCUUAGAGGACCCCAUGGAGGAUGUGUUCCUUAGCGUGGCCAGAAAGGGGCCGUGGAUCUCAGUGGCUUUUCGCCCCGUCCUCGGCCUGUGCUGUUUUGCUUGCUGUUGGAAUGAGUGUGCCCCCUCCCCCACUUAGCAUGAAGGAGCCGGGGCAGGAUGUGCACGGACUGCCGCCCCUCCCCCGCCCAGGGCUCUCCCAAGCCUGCAUUAGGGACUAGGAGCGUUGCACUAGGUGGCACUUGGUGACCUCAGUCUGUGACAGGAGGAAGCACACCUGCUGGCCCUCCCCCAAGCACCUAGGUCAUGGGACAGGCUGAGGGUAUUUAUUUUCCUGCCCCACCACUGGGGAGGGGGCUGGGGACUGCGAGUAUGUUUUAGCAUGUGUUUGGUUCUGGGGCCCUGCCUGCCUCCCUUGGGCUGCGAAGGAACCCUUUUGGCCCUGCAGCUGGGAUCUGCGAGCUCCAAGACCUCCUGUCACUGUCCCUGUCACCUCCCCUUGCAUCCUGUGUAAUCAUGUCUUGGGUCCUCCUAAGCCUACACAUAGAACAUAAGUGAUGAACAUUAAAUAGCAAAGA